AUGGCGACCUUAAGCACGUUCACAUUUUUUAGGGAUCUUCCUAUGGAAGUUCGUCUCCUCAUCUUGAAGUUCGCUUGUUGCCAGCAAAGAAAUAUCGAUGUAUCAUAUCGUUCAUUCCGGGAGGGUGAUAAUAACGUGGGAAGAGGUUCGUCAUCCAAUGUUUACAGUGGAGCUUCAAUGGUCACGCACACCAAGCCUCCAUCCAUCCUACAUGUCAACAGAGAGUUUAGGGAAGAAGCCCUCAAAUAUUAUAGCUAUGUAGACUUUUCACGUGAAGUAUUUGGCGGACCACGGAAGGGAUCUCAACUUUAUAUCAAUUGGAAGAGAGAUCGAUUAUGUUUCAGCUCAAUGAUUGAUUUUAUGAUUCGUGGGGGAGCCUUUUAUGAUGCAGGAACACUUCUUAGUGAGAUGCAAGUACGCAAAACAUGUCUGAAAAAUGGACUGAAAUAUUUGGGCUGGAAUAUAGGAGACAUUGAAACUUUAGGGGCAGCGAAAAACUACAAUUCGCUCGCGCAAAAAACAAAGGAAUUGCUGUGUACACUUCCCUGGAGUCAUAAGAUUGAUGGUUUUGUUAUCUUUCAUAACAAAGGGACUGAAAACUCUAAUUCCAGACGAGAAAUCGUUGAAUUCGGUUCGACACCAUUACUUUCACGUGGAAAUAAAACAUGGCUUCAUGGCAUGCGUUUUAAUACCGCGGCAAACGUUUUGCAAGGUAUCGGAGCACAUUUCCUUGCUCGACUCGAUGAUCUUGAUCGACGAUGGUGGGGUGAACGUAAGUUUUUGGGUCAAGAAGCGACAAUGCAUGCUUUCGAGCAAUGGCAGGAGGCGAGAAAGGCUGUAAAUCGAAUUCGUCUUAUUUGUAAAGUCGAGAAAGUGGAGCCUGCGACAACUUGA